AUGCAGGUGUGGCGCAUGCGGCAGUGUGCAAGGGCCUCAGAUGACUCCGGGCGACUCGACAGCUCUGUGGUGAGGACGGAGGCAGGCGGGGAGGUGGGUCUCUCUGAUGGGAGUAGACUCCUCGGGGACGGGGGGGCGAGGGAGGGCAAGGGCCAGCUCCCGAGAGGCAUUUCCCAAGUGAUCUCCAGGAGGACGGGCUGGCACGCCUGGGCUCUGAGCCACACCUGGAAGGACCUGCAGGGCCAGGUGGACGCGGCCUUCAGCUGGGAGGACAAACUCUACCUGAUCCAGGGAUCCCAAGUGACCAUCUACCGCUCGGCCCAGGGCUACAGCCGCGUAGCAGGAUACCCCCGGGCUCUGCAGGAAGAGCUGGGAGUGGCUGCCGUGGAUGCUGCCUUCACUUGCCCUCACUCCAAGGAUCUGUAUCUCAUCCAAGGGAAUGCCAUUCGGGCACGCGGGACCUGCUGCAGUGAGGUCGGGGCCCCAGCCCUCUGCUCUGCCCACCCCACUCCCAUGCGGGACAGCUCUGUGCACGGGCUGGGACGGGUAUAUCACUCUUUCCACGGACCCAGUUUCCACCACUACGCCAGCGUGCAAGCGCUUCUGGCUGCCACGGCCCCCGCUGCUGCCCAGGACACGGCGGCUGCCUUCUUCAAAUGCCCUGCCACAAGAGGUGGGGAUGCCCCCCAGGACAGCAGGGGCGAAGGGCGGCCUGCCCACGCGGCCUGAUGUUUGCUUCUGCCUGCAGAUGUAGAUGAGUGAAUAAAGAUGGGUCUGUGAGCACCGAG